AUGGAAGUAAAUGGCAUUGACCGUGAUAACGUGGAAAAAGACAGUGACUACCUGGUAAUCAACUCUAAUAAUGCAGAAGGAUUGGAAAGUGGAGGCCAGGCCUUCCAGCAUCUAACAUGCCUGGAAAGCAAGAACGCAUCAUUUGGACAGAACAUGUCGCAUGGACUCCUGCAAACAAUAGAUGAUGCAUCUCCAUCAGCACAUGCACAAAUACAGCUAUGUCAGCCACCUCCUUUUCCUGUGGAAGAUUUUCAACUUGUAGACCAAAACUGCCAUUCCCUUUAUGAAGUACAAUCCUUAGAGGGGUCUGGUACUCACAUGAUGAUCGUUGCCAGCCAUUCUGAGAAUGGACAAGUGCUCCAUGUUCUUCCUUCUACUCAGCCAGGGAUUGCACAAGUGAUUAUUCCCCAAGGCCAGCUUUUGGAUGUCAGUAGCUCAGGAGAUGUUUCACAGGAGACAAACUGCAAUGGGAAUUUGCAAACUGUGGCAGUGACUGCUAUAGCCGACAAUACAAGCAGUUACAUAUUUCAUCCUGAAGCAUCUCUCACGGUAUCGAAAAAGACGACAACCAGGGUAUUGGAAGACCCUUUCCCUGUUUCUCCUCAGCCAUUGCCCCCAAAUAUACCUGCAUGGGCUCGCCGUCUCAGGAGCUGUGAGAAAAUUGGGGACUCUUACCGUGGCUAUUGCUCAAGCGAGACGGAAUUGGACAGUGUUCUAAUCCUGCACAAACAGCAAACACAGACUGUGUGGGGAACCCGGCAGUCUCCAAGCCCAGCAAAGCCUGCCACAAGAUUGAUGUGGAAAUCACAGUAUGUCCCAUAUGAUGGGAUUCCAUUUGUCAAUGCUGGGAGCAGGGCCAUAGUGAUGGAGUGUCAGUAUGGACCCCGAAGGAAGGGCUUUCAGCCCAGAAAAAGUAGUGAGCAAGAGAAUGUUUCCUGCCAGCUAUACAAAGCCACCUGUCCUGCAAGGAUCUACAUUAAGAAGGUGCAGAAGUUUCCUGAAUAUAGGGUUCCAACAGAUCCCAAAAUUGAUAAGAAGAUCAUACGAAUGGAGCAGGAAAAAGCUUUCAACAUGCUGAAGAAAAACCUGAUUGAAGUUGGAGGGGUGCUGAGGUGGUACGUGCAGUUACCCACCCAGCAGGCUCACCAGUAUCAUGAAAUGGAGGAGAUGUGCCUCCCACCUUCGCCUUUCUCCAUGCCAUCUCCCGAGGAAGAUGAUGACGCAGUCAGAGAUGAGAACUGCGUUUUGCCAUCACGCCUUCACCCGCAAGUCGCGGAUAAGAUCAGAGAACUCGUGUCUCAAGGAAUACAGCAAGUCUAUGCAGUGAGGAAACAGUUACGGUACGGCUUUGAAAUCUCCAUCCACUUGCUGCAAUGGACCACAGACGGCGGGAACAUUCUCAGUGAAACAGUGACAGUUACAUUUGCAUCACCACCGACUGAGGGAAGUUCACCGGAGAAGACCAUUAUCAAGGUGGAAUCUAAUCAGACAAGGGAGCUCUUAGGUCCAGAGAUGACUCAGCUCCUUUCUUCCCUUCAACCCAGAGUGUUUGCCCAGCUCAAGAACAAUACCAUUGUAUUGCAGCCGGGAGAGCAACCUUUGCCAGAUCAAAGGGACUGUCCUAUAACUGCUGGAAGUAUAGAAGAUGCAAAGGCCAUACAGCCAGAAGUCCAUCAGAUCCUUUCAGGAGAUGUAUGCACCAUUCCUACGCAUACCGUAGACCACCAUCCAGCUCUUAGUAAAAAUCCAGAGGGUGCUGUCAGCGCAGGCCACAUUGGUCACGAAGCCAAAGACCGAGCCGUCUCUGCAGAGGUGGAAGAAUUCAGAGAUUUCCAGGCUUCAUCUGUUACUUGA